AUGAGGUCAUGUAUGGUGCCCAAUUUGAAAUGUCUGAGGAAGCAAAUGAGUCCAGACUUUUUAAUUCCUAUUGGUAAAGCCAAGAUUGAAAGACCAGGUGAGCAGGUUUUACUUCCGUGAUGUCAAUGCAUUGAAUCUUGUAUUGAUAAGAAGACAGUCGUUGGCCUUCACUGGUGUCUGUCCAAUACGUCCGAAUUACCAAGCUCUAGUGUUGAACUAUAAUAGGACAGGUUUAAAGUACAUUAUUUAAGGGAUGUAUAUUAUAAUCUGAGGGGUACGGGAAGUAACUUGGUGCUCAUUUUAGCACUAAGUGGAUGCAUAAUUCCUUUUCAUUCGUCGCUAGUAAGCUGCAGAAUAAGCUGCCAUUAUAUAUUACAAACUCUGAUAAUCUUACAUGUGUACAGUCAACUCUCUCCAAGACAGACACCUUUUGGACCGGCACUAGCUGGCCGUCUUAGAGAGAUGUCUGUCUUAUAGAGAGUCAAAUAGGGGGAGGAAAGAAAGGCAGGGACCAACUCUAGGUGUCCGUUUUACAGAGGUGUCCGUUAAGAGAGAGUCGAUUGUAUAGUCUAAAAUGUCAUCUGUCUCUUUGCUCCACCCCCCAACGGGCAGCCAGGUGAGAAAGACUCUGUCUUGCCUUGCUUCCUGUUGGGGGGUAGGGCAAAGAGAUGGAUGACAUUUCAGAAUAACAAUCUUCAAGUAUUAAAAUUAAUAACCUCUACAAAAGUUCAAUUUCGAAGCUUUAUACUAACUUUUAACUUUUAUUUGUAACUAAGUUAUUUUUAUUGUUAUCACUAUUUUUCUAAUGUGAAUAUAUACUUUUAUGUAAUACAUUGUAGAUAUUAGAUCUUUUGCAGUUAUGGUUUUUGCUUAGGUUUUUACGGUGGUCUUGUAUAUCACAUGCAAUUUUGAACAAGUUUUAUUGUAAGCUCCUACGUGUUGACCUGUAUAAAUACAGUUCUUACUUUCUUGCUACUUACUAAGUUCAUUUUAGGCAAGAUCACUUACAAUACAUCAACAAAAUAAAAUGAAAGGUUCGGCUUGGCUGCCAUCUUGAAAUGGCACUUUCACACUUUAAACUUUGAAGUACUAAGUUUCUGCAGAACUUUUUUUAGCUUGGAACAUUAAUGCCAAUGCUUACAAAUUUACUAUGCUGAUGUACCAUUCACAUGCAUGACUGUAUCUACCAAUAACAAAGCCUCUGAAAACGGUGUCUCACUUGAAUAUACCAUAUCCAAUUCUUGUGUUGAUUUUAUUUCUAAUGUUUUCUUUCUUCUGUAGGAAACCAUAUCACUCUAGUUGCACAUUCGAAAUCUGUUCAACUUGCUCUAGAUGCAGCAAAACAGUGAGAGGGUGAAGGAGUUGACUGUGAGGUACAGUGCAGAUGCAGUAACAAGCCGUUUCAUUUAUAGUACCUAAAUAUAAACAGUUAGUAGAAGCAUUUUUUUAUACAGUGCAGCAUGGAAAGCUUUGUGCUUCAUGAUGACUAAACUUUCUGCUGGGAAAUAAUUUUUACAACUUUCCGUUCAAACAGCAGAACAUUACAAGGAAGGAAACUUAAUAUUUUCAACUUUUGAUUCAUGCUGAGCUAUGGCAUACUCAUCCACCCCGUAGUAUUGUCUGUGAUAAAGACCAUCUAUCUGAGCUUCAAUCGCUGUUUUCUACUUAAAUCAAUAUUAGUGUUGUUUACAUGUAUGGCCAAUAUAUAUUCCCCAGUUACCCAAGUUUAUGUCAAAAAGCAGGUUUCUUUUAAAAUUGUACUGAAGCAAGGGCACCCAACGACAAUUUUCGGAAAAUAUCUGUUCGGAAGACGAUUUGAGACCUAGAAUUUUCGGAACAUUUGUUGUAAAAUUUCUUGCUUGCCUGCCACUCCUAGGACUUUCGAACAUCUAAAAAAUGGUAUAAUUGCCCAUUUUUGACGGAUUUUUACCCUUAAAAGGUCACCUAGAAUUUUCGGGACCCUUUUUUCUGGCUGAAAUUUUCGAAAAGGUAAGUUUUGAUCCUUAUAAUUUUCGGAUCACUAGACUUUCAGCUAGGAAAUCCGAACAGAUCAAAAAUUUUUAGGGGGAUAAAAAUAUGCCUAUAUCUACCGUUUCAAAACUAAAAUACGUUUAACAAUACUAUGUUUAAGUGGUUUUGAACUAUAUUCUCGUUGGGUGCCCCUGCUGAAGGGAGAAAAUAUUUUGGAAUCUUAUUUUGCUGGAAUUUACACAAAUGUAUCUCAGCAGGUCGGUGCAAUCUGCAAAAUUUUGCAAAAAUAAAUACUCGUCGCAAAAUUGUCAUUCUGCGCGGUAUGAAUAGGAGAACUACAACAAGCUAUCAAACAUGAGAACACAAGAACAGACUCAGAAAACAAAGGUUUAGAAAUCUGAUCUUAGCUAGAAAUUUUGUUAUUUGAAAAACUUUAUGAAACUUACAACAGGGAGUUUCAUUCGAUAUCUAGGCACUUUGAAAUGUCAGCUGUAUCUUUUUUCUUUCAUUCUUUUUUGGGGGUAUUGCGAAAAAUUGCAUUGUUUAACCGCGACAGAAUCAGCUCAGGGCUUGGCGCACGCUACUGACACGAGCAUAACACCGUGCCUUAUGCACGAUUCGCGCUCAAGAAAAGGCACGGUUUUUGUGCCAAAGCACGGGAAAAAAACAUGAAAAGGCACAGAUUAGGCACACUUUAGGCACAGUUAAGGCACGUUUUAAAUAUUGCUAAGGCACAUUUUAGGCACAGUUUGGGCACAGUUUUGGCACGGUUUAGGCACGGUUUAGGCACAAAUAUUCAACGCUGGGCACUUUUUUGAAAAUCUUUGUAACCCGACUUGCAAAAAAGAACAAACUUGGUACGAAUUACAAAAAUAAUUCAGAUCAAACACGAUACAGUUAGAAGUAUAGGAAGUGUAAGUUUUGAGCCGCGCCGAAAGUCUGAAAAAUUAAAGUAUUCUUCGACAGUCCAUGUUUACACACGCGAUGUAUGCGGUCUGAACCUUUUCAAUUGCCAUGCAAUUUUAUAGACUCGCUUUCUUUCGUUUCUAAAAGAAAUCGUGAAAGAAAGUCGAAGCCAUAAUAACAAAAACAAAGCUAAAGAAGUAAGGCACAAAAAGAGCCAAUAAAAGUCGUAGAAAAAUAAUACUUUUUGCGAUCGCGGUAAAAUUGGCCUGAAUUUGCAUAACAACAUGAAAAGUACAAAGUGGUAAUUUGAAACCUUCAUGCCAACGCGUGUUGUGUUUUUAAUACAAAAUGCGGCUGCUUUUUAAAAAUAUUUCUCUAACUAAAAAAAGUAGGAUUUACACUUAGUAGUAAAAUAAUUCAAGCUGCUUGUUUGUUUUUGUUCUCUGGCUCUGUUAGCAAAUUAAGCUUUGAUCGUAUAACAAUCGAUGAGACGUGCCAUUUAUUUUGCUUCAAAACUCAUCGGCGUGCAAUCAAUUUUUUCGUUUUCAUUUUAUAAGUCAUAUCACAAGUAAAUUCUUUUUUUGAAUGCAAAUCUGCCCUCCCGAAAAAAACAAAUGUUUCGUUCCACCUAAACGCUCCAUUAAGAAGGGGAGAAGAAACCUACUUGGAAAUUUUUUAACAUCGAUGAAAUUAGCAUAUCAACAAUGUAAUUGAGCUGAGCACUUACUUUAAAUACGCUAACCUGUUUAAGAUUCCAUUUUCCUGUUUGUCGGGGCUUCCCCUGCUGUCUCUAACCGUAUUCUGAGUCAUGUUAUUUCUUAUUAGGGGAUAAAAAGGUCGUCAGACCGUGUUUCUAGACUUUGUAAACCUCAAAACUGACAUAAUUGCCGUGCGCCCUUCGUUCGCUGUGGAGCUCGAUAGGCUGGACACGAUUUUCCGAGUGACUCAAUAUUUUGGCACAACUUGUGCACAGAUUAGGCACAGUUUGGGCACAACUUAGGCACGGCUUAGGCACGUUUUUCAAAACUAAAAUGCACACUUUAUGCACAUCUUAGGCACAUUUUAGGCACAAAAUCUUUAUGCCAAAGCACACUCUAGAAUCCGAUUUUCGGUCCAACGCACGGUUUACGAAUUUUCACGUUAAAAAAAUGCUGUCUAACCUUACAUAUUUGAUCUUAGCGUAAAAAUGGGUUUCCCGAAGUCUUAACAGUUAGUCUAUAAGGAAGGUUUAACUUAUGAGCAUUCCAAAAAUUAUUAUUUCUUCUCUUAACAACAACAGAAAGUCAAUGAAAACCAAUCUUUUAAAUUGACGUUCGCGCUGCACAGAGAUCGUAUGUAGACAGAACAUCUUUGUGAAAACGCCCUAAACUUUGUUGUUUUGGCAUUAUGUUCAGUAAUUUUUAAUACAGUUAGUACUCAUAAGUCACUGACCUCUUCGGAGAAAUUUUUCCAAAGUACCAUUAACAGAAACAGAGAAAUCCCACAAUAUGCGUGGUUAGACUGUAAAUGUUACGCGAGCUGUUAAAAAAUGGUCCCAUUUUGAGCUAUACUUUUCAUAUUUCAAUUUUAUUUUGGUCUUACAGCCAGAAAAAAAAUAUUCAAUGAAAAGCUGUUUAUAAACUGUAACUUCUUGCCAAAUAUCGAUGCGAUCUGAGUUUUAAUAAGUUCAUAAGAGCCAAACGAUGUGAGAUUCUUAGCCGUGUACACCAGUAGCGUGCGCCAGGCCUCAAAGUCGUUAGAGCACUUGACUCUGGAAUGGAAGUUCGUGGGUUCGAUUCUCGGGGCCAGACUAAUACAUUAUACUCAAGGUCUUAAAAUAAAUGAGAAAUGAAGGUAAUGCCCCUCUUCUGCAAACGGCUAGAACUCUGGGUGGCUCGGAUCACCACAUAAAAUGACGGCCCCUUCUCCUGUAGGAGGCGUAAAAGUAGUGUCCCCAAUAUUAGUACUUUUGUGUUAAAUACAUUGACAUUCAAAUAAAGCUCAUUUCAUGAUACAUCAAUGUGAAAAAUUGUAACUAUUCAUGUUUUUUAUGUAUAGGUGGUUAACCUCCGUACCAUCCGUCCAAUGGACACAGAGUGCAUUGAAAACUCGGUCAAGAAAACAAAUCAUCUUAUCACCAUUGAAGGAGGCUGGCCUCACUUUGGUGUAGGAGCUGAAAUUGGAGCUUCCAUAUUGGAAGGUUAGUUUUCCAAGGAUGUAACCCUAGUGAGACGGUUACUCUAGCACUCUCACAUUUCUUCUUUUGUACAUGACGUGUUUACAAGGUAGCGGAAUUGGAAAUUUCACCUUCACUGUAUGAUAGUUAUAGUCCCAAGCUUUCCGAGAUAGCCAGGUCUGCGAAAUUUAGAAAGUGCAAACACAAAAUUAAAAUGGGAGGAAACUUUUCCGAGCUUAAGCACUGACACUUUCUCGUGCCUUUCACAGACGCGUCGUCUUUACUAUCUGAGAUGUUGGAACAGGCUACCUUAGGCUACAAGGAGGGAGGGUGACAGUUAUCCUAGCAAGAGGGUUACCUUAGCACUCUCACAUUUCUUUUUUUUUUCACGAUGUGUUUACAAGGCAGAUACCUGCCUUGUAAACACUCUACUAGGGAUAACUCGCGUACCCAGGACAACUUUCCUCCGUCAUGCGUGACCAGUAAUCUUGACAAUUUGAAUGGAAUUAUCCAAUUUCUGACCUAAAUAUAAACAUCUGAGCUAUAUAAGGUAUUUUCUGUAUACGGCAAUAAUAUUUUCCCGGUUUUUCGUGAAUUUAACAUGUUUUCCAUAGAGAACUUCAAGUUUUAUUUCAAAUCUUGGACGUUGCAAAGAAUGUCACGCAUGAUGAAACACGCCACCAAAGCUGGUAAAGUUGACCCGGUGAUAGGGUAACCCUUCCUGUGAAAUUUGCCUGUGAACCAGAGCUUACUUUAACCCGCUUACGUGGGUAAUCCUAGCACAAGGGUAACCCUCUCUCCUUGUAAACAGGCCCUUAGCCUGCAUGGCAGGCACAUAAACCGGGAGGGGGAGGGGGAGGGGGAGAAAAGCGUCAAAGGGAAACAGGAGAGUGAGAGUUGUGAGAGCCCCUUUUCUUCUCUCCCCAUUCCUCUCUCCUUUUCCCCUUUCUCCACUCCUCCCCCCCUCCCUCCCCUUUCGACGCCUUCCACACAGGCUGUCCCGCUCAUCAUGCAUUGUACCCGCUUUUCAUGGCUAAGGGUGAUAGUCACUAAUAGACCUAAUUCACGUGUUUUUUUGUAAGAAUAUAUUUUAUAAGAAUAUCGAGGCUGAAAUUUGCGAAAUUUUAAGAAUAAUUAUGAUAAGAAUAAACCAAAGGCUGAGAUUUUGUUGAAAAGCUGUAAAAAUAAUACAAUUAUUUGUUUUGUAAAAUUAUUCCUUUCUCUUAUCGGCAAAACUAGCCACAAAAACAAACAAAACAAAACAAAACAAAAACCUGCAUUAAGCAUUGUUUAAAAAAUGAGAAGGGGUGUACCUGAUGAUACACGACUGCGAGGUUUUUGAACGGCUCCAAAGUCUCUGAUAUAGAUCAACUCAUUCUUGCACUAAUAUUUAGAUUUGGGGUUAUUUUGGUCUAAUUAAUUGGACGUAAAAUUUAGCCGUGUCUUUAUCAGAUGUAAAGCACACAUUUUUUCUUUAUGAAUUAUGAAUUCCUUUUUGAACUGCAAUUUAUACCCCAAUACAUUCUAAAAUGGAAAAGUUAGAAGCUAUAAUUUAAGAAUAUAAAUGCAAGAAUUAUUUCAGCCUAAAAUUGGCAGAAAAUAAGGAUAUUCAGCCUGGAGAGCAAAAGCAACAUUCUUAUGAAAAGAAAAGAGUGUACCCGACCUCUUUGCACGCGCUUUAGGAUUGAUGGCAUAAAAGAAAUGUUACCUGGUUUUUCAGGGGGAAAAAAAUGAUGAAAUCUGCCAAUACGAGUAAAACUGUUAAACAGAUGGGGCACUUAAAUCACUGCUUUAUCGGGAGCCUUGAGGUUUUAUUUCGGUUAUUAUUCUCGUUAGUUUAAAGCCCCGUGCAAACGGACGCAGUAUUGUUGGCCAACAACUCCCAACAUUGUUGGAUGUUACAUGUUGAGCCCGUUUGCACAACCUGUUGCAUGUUGUUGAGUGUUGUUGGGAGUUGUUGCGCAAAGUUUGAAACCGGUCAAACGUUUAGCCACGUGCAAACGGACGCAACAACUCCCAUCAUUGUGGACCAGUAAUUUUGGGAUUUGUUGCGUCUGUGUGCACGUAGUCUGACAGAAAUGUGCUCUGUUAACCGUUCGUCUUUUUUAUUCCAGGUGAGGCAUUUGACUACCUUGAUGCUCCCAUAUUCCGAGUGACCGGCGCAGAUAUCCCAAUGCCUUAUGCGCAUCUGCUAGAAACAAAUUCUGUUCCUCAAGUGGAAAACAUUGUCCUUACAGUAAAAAGAUGCCUUAAUCUAGCUUAA